AGGGGCUCGAGAAUCUUAGAAGGUGUUUGAGUUUGCAUAAGAGGAUGUCCUGGGUAGCAAGAGCCACAGCAAUGAUUGCAGCUUCAGGAUAUACAGGAUCAUUUCCUGAAAGCGAAUGGUACUAGCAAGUGUAAAAUAGCUCAUGUCACUUGCAGCAGAGAAUCUCCACUAACAGCUGGGAAAGGAAUUCACUACAUCGCAGGCAAUUUCCACAACUUACUUGCAGAAGUACUCUUUUAUUUGAAAUGGCUGAAGAGAUUGGAAGUUUGGAAUCAGAUGAGCAAUAUGAAGAUAUCCACAACUGGACAGAGCUUAUGUACUACUUCAACAGUUCAUUCUCCCUCUGCGAGGUUGAGCUAGAUGACGGUGUCAAACAGAUCUUCCUCUUUAUUCUGUACCUUCUUACAUUUGUUUUUGGUCUGGCUGGAAACUUGCUAGUGGUGUGGGUAAACUGGCAAUCAAGAAGAAGCAAGAGCUCCAUUAAUCUCUACAUUUUAAACAUGGCAGUGGCAGACCUCGGAGUGGUUCUUUCCUUGCCCUUCUGGAUGCUGGAGGCACUUCUGGAAUACACAUGGCUGUGGGGUGGAUUUUUAUGCCGAUUUACACAUUAUUUCUAUUUUGCCAAUAUGUUCAGCAGUAUAUACUUUCUCACUGCUCUAAGUGUGGACCGCUACUUGACUUUAACAUCGUCUUCAGUUUUCUGGCGUCAAAACCAGCAAAAGAUCAGAAAAGGUCUUUGUAUUGGGAUCUGGGUGGUAUCUGCCAUUUUUCCUAUACCAGAUGUUAUCCACAUGCAGUUGGUUGAUACCUCAGACCCUGUGUGCAUGUUUAUGGCACCGUUUGAGUCCUAUGAUGAAUGGGCCCUUGCUGUUACUCUCAUGACAACAGUCCUUGGGUUUCUGAUACCUUUUGUCAUAAUCCUUGUUUACAAUCUGAUGACUGCCUAUCACAUUAAGAAAUCUGGAAGACCAGAAAGCCGAAGGCACUGUCGACUUAUUUAUGCCUACAUAUUGACGUUCUUACUUAGCUGGCUGCCCUAUCAUGCCACUGUAAUAAUACUGACUCUGCAUGGGUCCUACAUCUUUGUCAACUGUCGCUUUGCACAUAUUCUUUAUUUUUUCUAUGAGAUAAUUGACUGCACUUCAAUGCUUCACUGCGUGGCUAAUCCAGUCCUGUAUAAUUUCCUCAGCAAGGAUUUCAAGGGCAAAUUUAUUAAUGCUGUUGUUAAGUAUAUUCCAAAAGAGAAAAAGUCUGGUGACAAUUGUGCAGAACAUUCCACAUCCAUUACUGAUCAUUCAGUUGUAAUAACGAAAGAACCAGGAGCACUGCCUGACGUUCCUGCCAACAAUAUUCCAGACAUAAAACUAUAA